GCCUCGAAGACAGACCCGUGCCGACAGUCCAGCCACCAGGAACGUUUUUUUUUGGCCUUUUUUUCCCUUCCACCUCAGAGAGAGAGAGAGAGAGAGAGAGAGAGAGUGUGUGUGUGUUCCAUCCAAGUGAGAUCGAUCCAUCGACCGGUGAAUCUCCUCUUUCCUUUCCUUUCUUUUCCAAUCCUCCUCUCGAGAAGAUCGCACCUCUCGAUUCGGUUCGCGGAAAGUUUUCGAGCAAAGUUCGAGCCAGUGAUAAGAAGAGUGUGAUUAGAGAGAGAGAGAAGAGACAACAGGAGGAGCUCCUCGGUGUGGAUUUCCGAUAUUCUUUCAAGAUGGGCUCGUCCGCGAUAGGAACGACUUUGAUCACCGUUUUCACAUUGCUGGCACUCGUCACCGUCUCUCGUGCCGCUCUUGCUAGGACAGCGUUCGAGAAGCUGACGGACUACGAUUACCGCGGAACGACGUACUACAGCGUGAGGAACCUGUCCCUGUACGAGUGUCAGGGCUGGUGCCGCGAGGAGGCCGAGUGUCAGGCGGCUGCGUUCUCGUUCGUCGUAAAUCCUUUGGCGCCGAUGCAGGACACCCUGUGCCAGCUGCAGAACGAGACGGCGGCGACGAAUCCCGCGGCACAGCCGCAAAGGGCCGCCAACAUGUACUACAUGACGAAGCUUCAGAUCAGAUCAGAAAACGUCUGCCUGCGGCCAUGGUCCUUCGAACGGGUCCCGAACAAAAUGAUACGGGGACUGGACAACGCGUUGAUCUACACCUCGACGAAGGAGGCUUGCCUCGCCGCUUGUUUGAACGAACACCGUUUCACCUGCCGUUCAGUCGAAUAUAAUUACGUAACUUUGCAGUGCCACUUGAGCGAUUCCGAUCGGAGAACGACCGGCCAAUACGUGCAAUUCGUGGAUGCCCAGGGUGUCGAUUAUUUCGAGAACCUGUGUUUGAAAGGGAAAGAGGCGUGCAAGUCUCAGAGGAUCUUCCAGAUGCCACGAAUCGGAGUGGCCGACGAUAAAGUUGCCCAAUACGCGGGAUUGCAUUAUUACACGGACAAAGAGUUGCAAGUUCAAAGCGAAUCAGCGUGUAGGCUUGCCUGCGACAUCGAGAACGAGUUCCUCUGCAGAUCUUUCCUGUAUCGCGGCGCCCCUCAAGGAUCGGCUUAUAAUUGCCAACUGUUCCAUCUCGAUCAUUGGACUCUUCCCGAUGGCCCUUCGACGUACCUGAACGCGGAACGGCCACUGAUCGAUAAUGGGGAGAGAGUUGGAACGUAUUUCGAGAAUUAUUGUGAAAAAGGUACAGGGCCAGUUGCUGAUCCACCAGUUGUCUUUGAAACCACGGAAGACCCUACCAUAAAUAACCUCACGAGAAACGACAUAAAUUGCGACAAAACUGGUACCUGCUACGACGUAUCGGUCGACUGUAAAGACACCCGAAUAGCCGUUCAAGUUCGUACGAAUAAGCCUUUCAAUGGUCGCAUUUACGCGCUUGGCCGUUCCGAAACUUGCAACAUAGACGUUAUCAAUAGCGAUCUCUUCAGGCUCGACUUGACCAUGAGCGGACAGGAUUGUAACACUCAAAGCGUGCGUGACGGUUUUCAGACUGGCAUCUACUCGAACACGGUCGUCCUCCAGCAUCAUUCCGUGGUGAUGACCAAGGCCGACAAAAUCUACAAGGUCAAGUGCACGUACGACAUGUCCUCGAAGAACAUCACGUUCGGCAUGAUGCCCAUCAGGGACCCGGAAAUGAUCAGCAUCACGAGCGCGCCGGAAGCCCCUCCGCCAAGGAUACGCAUCCUCGACAGCAGAUCCAGAGAAGUUGAGACUGUCCGUAUAGGAGACAAGCUGACAUUCAGAAUCGAAAUCCCGGAAGACACUCCCUAUGGAAUCUUUGCUCGAAGUUGCGUCGCAAUGGCAAAGGACUCGAAGAGCACCUUCCAGAUCAUCGAUGACGAAGGAUGUCCGGUGGAUCCGUCCAUCUUCCCAAGCUUCACGCCUGACGGAAACGCGCUUCAAUCCGUCUACGAAGCAUUCAGAUUCACCGAGUCUUAUGGCGUUAUUUUCCAAUGUAACGUCAAGUAUUGCCUAGGACCGUGCGAACCGGCUGUCUGCGAAUGGGGACGAGAAUCGGUAGAGUCGUGGGGCAAGAGGCGUCGAAGAAGUCUGGCAAACGCGACGGAGGAGAAAGCGGAGGAUAUGACGUUGUCUCAGGAAAUCCUUGUUCUCGAUUUUGGCGACGAGAAACAGUCCGACUUCUUGAAGAGCGACGCUAGCAUAGACUUCAACGAAGCCGACAAAACGGUGACCAUUGUCGAGCCCUGUCCAACAAAGGCCUCGGUGUUAAUUCUGGGCGUGACGUGCGCCCUGCUUGUCCUCAUCUACAUUUCCACCAUCUUUUGUUACUACAUGAAGAAAUGGUUGUCACCCCGCAAAAUGAUGCCCUGAAGAUUUCCUGUCCUGGCCCAAAAGGAGAAUAAUCCCGGCUGGUGACAAGAGAAGCGACCAGGAAAAUUACGGAUAAAAAGUGCAAACUCACCUCGCGUAACGCGCCCGUAUACGUGUUACUAGAGGCUGCACGCGAUGAACCCGAGAGCACCAACGUGUUCGUGUAGACGCGUGGAAAAAUUACGACUUCGCGCCGUCAUUCUCGUUAUUACUCACGUUUCGCGCGAAACGCUGGAUUCCAGGAAACGGGGAAUGCAAAAAAGCCGUCCAUUUUUCCGCGCAGACUACAUCGUACGUACAUUUUACUCAGAUAUUUGCGGUUUCGGAUUUGUCGCGAUGCUUAUUGUCUUAUUAUUAUUAUUAUUAUUCACUAAACAUUAGCCGAGGAUUGAAUUAAUAGAAGAUAUCCUCGAAGGAAGAGCCUCCAAGUCUUGAAAGAAGGAAGGAAAAUUGAGAAAAUAGAGGAUAUCCCUAAAAAAUAAGGUGAUAUCUUGCACAUGGUGGAAGUCACGAGCCGCUUGUGCAACACUGCGAAAAAAAUCUUCCCGAUUGACUGAUGAUAAAAGCAAACCCGUUAUAGAACGUAACUUUAAAUAUAAUUUUAAAUUUAAUUUCGACGAUGUGAGCGGGUGACGAGGAUCACGAGGCACUCGCCACUUGUGCAACGCUUCGUAAAGGGGGAUUAAAUUUUACGUACAUGUUGAGGAUCGAUUUCAUAAAUAUAUAUAUGUAGACAAGCAACUAUUGGUUUCAGAAAUAUCUUAUGGGAGAUAUAUCUUAAGCUCUACACUUGCACACUUUACAUCUCUGACAUUCCGUUCAUUUAUACAUAAUAUUUAUCGGAUACAUAUCGGAUCUUUUAGAUCGCAUGGGUCGAAGAUCGCAGGGAUCUUGCGUGCAAUAUAUUUUCGUAGCGAGUCGCGGAACAUUGAUUUUCUCGAGGACGAUGAAACUGUGGUAAAGCGAAAUGAACAGAGUGAAGAAUACGUUUCCGUAUAAAAUUCUCGAUAAUUGUUCUCAAGAUUUUUUUAUUACAUUGAGAUGAUUCACUUUCGAUUUAUUGUUCCACGAAAGAAAGAAAAAAAAAUAUAUAUUCUCGAGAGCAACUUUCGAAAGUUUUAUGCGUUUAUCGGAAUGGACGUUUUUUUUUCUUUCGACGUCGCCUUCCUCGUAUCGAGAAAAAAAAAAAAAAAAAGAGAAAAAUACGAAAAAAUAAAUCUGAUCGUGGCAUCGUCGAUUGGACGAAAAAAAAAAAAAAAAAAAAAAAAAAAAAAUAAUUGUUCCCCGAUCCGCGAUUAACUACGUUCUUUUCUGUAAGAGCAACCAGGGACACCCUGACGACAAACGUUGUAAUAAGUACACUUUUAUUUAAGGACAUCUUAGACACUGCUAACUGUCUUAUCUCUUAAGGGCUAUUUCUGAUCGGGUUGCAAGGAGAACGAGGUGGAACGAGCAAACUUUAACUCUCUCCUUCUCUUCAUCUAUAUACGCUUUGCAUAUUAACCUCUGGAUGACUUUCCAGGUCGUUGCCGGCGAGAUAAAUGACCCCUCUGAUCAACUAUCGUCCGGCACAGCCCUGGCCACAUUUUUUACUCCGCGGAAAUCGACUUGUAACCCGUAUCAAGACUAGCGAUAUUUAAAGGUUCACGCUUCACUAACGUUUCUAACGAUACAACUAGCAUUUAAGGUAGAAAAUAAACGGAGCAUGUAAACAUAAGUAGAGAGAAGAAGAAAAAAGAAAAAAGAAAUGAACGAAAGAAAGAACGAACGAGAGAGAGAGAGAGAGAAAGAGAGAGAGAGAAUUUUUUUUUUUCAUCACGAUUAUAAUAGAUUCGAUCUUCAAUUAAGUGUGAGGAAAGAUGGUGUUUCUAUUUGAUAGCUCCUGAAAAUCCUAUCUUUCAUGUUUUUAUCCAAUUGAUUGAAAAAUCACGGUUAUCGAGGAGAGAAAAAAAUUUAAUAAAUUGUAAUUGGAAGAUUAAUAUUAAAAAAAGUCAUGUAACGAAAAUGCUGAUUGUUUGAUAUGAAUUGUAAGAAAAAGAAUUUUUCCGGAUUUAUUGGAUUUGAAGAAAUUUUAUAUCAAAAUAAUUAUAUAUCCAAGUUUCAUCAAAUUUUAAUUUUUAUAUUUAUUAAAAUCGUUAAAUUUAUAUCAACGUAUAAAAAUGAUUGAUACAAAUAAAAUGUAUUUUGAUUAAAAGUUCGCGAAAAAUCAUUGUUAAAAUAAAUAAUGAUAAUAUCAAUCAUUCGCAUCUUAUCUAACUUGGAACAGGACAAAACAUGUGACAUUUGAUUGGAACAUAUGUUCAUAAUUGAUCGUAAUCUUGUAACGUCUCGUAAUGCAGAAGAAGAAUAGUUAGCAAGAAACACAAUCAUAAAAUACAUAAUAGCGACAGUAAUCAUAUUUUUGUAUAAAUUGCAUUAAAUAUCAUUUAAAUAUU